ACACUCCUUUUUGUCUCAGCUGCAGUACAAAUUCUGGCUUUCCUUCACAGCACUAUUAGCCUGCUCUGCUCUACACAACUGCUCCACUCUCUGAGACACGCUGACAGUAUCAUCACGCAGUGACACACACACACUCUCAUGAACACACACACACACAAGACUCCUGGAGCUCCCGCAGAACCAAAGGAGGAGAAAAGAAGGUGGAAAAAUUUGGCCUCAAGUCCUGAAGCCGCCCUCAAACUGCUGUGAUGAGGUGGUGGCUGAUGAUGGCCAGUCUGUGGCUUCUGGUGGUCACGACCAUACAGGACACCCAGACCAGGAGCAGACCACGCAACCAGGACAGUGAGACCCGCCGAGGGAAACGGAGGAGGGAAGGACAGGGUCACUUGCAGACCAGAACGGGACACUCCAGACCUCUGAAAAUCAGGCUUGUCCCUAGUCCCAGUGUUUCAGUUGAACCCAGAGACAACCAAGGAGACACCCUGUUCCUGCAGUCCUACAAGAACCAGAACCUUCAAGAACAGCACUCCAGCUACAACAUCAUCCCAGGUAAGCAGGGCCAGUGUGUGUACCAGGGUCUGACCAUGUUUGACCAGGCCGUCUGGUCUCCAAAGCCCUGUGUAACUUGUCUGUGUACCAGAGGGCGUGUGGCGUGUGACGAGAUCACGUGUCCCACUGUGCACUGCCACUUCCCCUUCACUCCAGCUGGGGAGUGCUGCCCCGUCUGCAUGGAGCCAGCCCCACACCACCCUAACCCCACCCUAGACCCUGACUUCAGCCUUGACCUUUCUGGUGACUCCCCAGUUCCCAGUGAUCCCAGCAAGCCUGAGAGCCCACUGACCCCAGAGGAGAUCCAGCGAAUUCUCUGGCGAGAGGAAGAGGAGCACCGUGAAGAGGAGGAGCGCCUUAGAAAGAAGGAUGAAGCAAGGAAGAAGAGGAGGAAGCAGAGGAAGGAGCAGGAGGAGAAGCAGAGGAAGAUAGUGGAGGAGACAAGGAGGCAGGAGGAGGAGGCCCGGAGGUUGCAGGUGGAGAAGGAAGAGGAGGAGUGGCGGAGGCAGAUGGAGGAGAGUAAGAGGCAAGAUGAUGAGAGGAGGAGGCAGGAGGAGGAGGACAGAAGAAGGAAGGAGGCAGCAGAGAGAGAAGCAAGGGAGAAGGAAAGGAAGCUAGAGGAGGAAAGAAGGAGGCAUGAAGAGAUUCUGAGGGAGGAACUACUACCAUUGUUAGAGGAGGAGGAGGUUUGGCUGAGAGGAGAUGUGUUUCAGAUGCCCCCAAAAGAACCUGAAGAACCAGACCUCAUCCCUGCUCCAAUACCAAGACCUCCUGAUGUGACAGAGGACGAGUUGAAGGAAGUGAAGGCGGAGGAGCUGGAGGAGGAAGAGGACGAAAUGGAGGAGGUGGUGAUAGUGAACAGAGGAGGGCUUCCUCCAGGCUGCGACAUUUCUGAUGUCACUGUGACAUGUGAGAAUGCCAAACUCGUUCACUUUCCACCUCUGUCCAUACCUGAGCUCAAAUCUCUCAGUUUGGAGGGUAACGACAUCAGAAGCAUCCCAGCUGCAGCCUUCAAUGGAAUUCCUAACCUGGAAUGGAUCAAUCUAAAGAAAAACAAACUCACCUCUGCCGGUAUUGAUCCUAAAGCCUUCAAAGGUUUGAAGAUGCUAAGCCGUCUGUACUUGGAUGGGAACCUUCUAGAGGCAGUGCCCUCUGACCUCCCCCCCACGUUGCAGGAGCUAAAGAUCAAUGAGAACAGACUGAGAGGGAUUGAUGAAAACAGCUUCCAAGAUUUGAGCAACCUGGUGAUUCUGGAGCUGGAAGGAAAUCUGUUGAGUGAGGGAAAUGUAGAUCCUCUGGCCUUUGCUCCGCUCAUCCAGCUCUCCUACCUCAGAUUGGGCAGAAACCACUUCCGCACCAUUCCACAGGGCCUUCCCGCUACACUGCUGGAGCUACACUUGGACAACAACCUGAUAGAGGAAAUCUCAGGGACAGUUUUUAAUCAGACCAGAAGUCUGAAUGUGAUUUCUCUGAGACACAACCGGCUGGAUGAGCUCAGAAUUGCCCCACUGGCCUGGAUCAACCACAGGAAUAUCGAGUCCAUUGACCUUUCACAUAAUGACCUUUAUCUGGUUCCAUCUUACCUGCCCAGAUCUCUGGUACAUCUAGUGCUGGUGGGAAACAACAUAGAGAGAAUACCUGGUUAUGUCUUUGCCCACAUGGAACCUGGUUUAGAGUACCUCUACCUGUCUUAUAACAAACUUGAUGGAGAAGGAAUUGAACCCGAGUCAUUCUUUGGCUCAUAUCAAUCCAUGGUGGAAUUAUGUUUGGAUCAUAACCAGCUGGUCAAUGUACCAUCUGGUAUCAAUGAGAUGACCAACAUACACUUUCUCAGACUCAACAAUAACAGAAUCAGGAGUAUCCCUGACGAAAGCAUAUGUGACCCUAACCACAGUGGAGACUCCACACUAGUGGCCCUGAGGCUGGAAAACAACUACAUUGACCCCCAGAAGAUCUCACCAACAGCCUUCUCCUGUGUACGCUCUUCCUCAAGUGUCACCUUAAAACCACAGAAAAGUGACCGGAGUCCACAUAAAACCAAACACUAGAAGACUUUCUUCAUAUGAAGAUACUGGAUGUUUAAGUGCCUCAGGCAGUGAAAACCUAAAAUAAAUAUCCUCUCAUUAGCUUACUCUGAUGCUCUGUUAUGAAAUAACAUUUAAAAAUAAUAAGAACAUUUCUUCUACAAAAGAUCUCACAUUGUAGUCUGAUGUACAAAUUGGACAUGCUGGAAAUAUAUGCAUCACUGAUCUCAUUUUCCUGAUGGCAAUGUCUUGUCCUGACACAUUCUUGGACUGCACCUUUACAAGCUGCAUAACAAUAAGACUUUCUUCCUUUCUGGCUCCCAUAUACAUUUAGGGUAAGUUGUUACCAGGCUUAACUUAAACAAAUGAAAGUGACAGAGAAUGUUCAGAAUGUUCAAAAUCGAAGACAUAUGCCUCCUUCUGUGGAAUGUUAAACUCCCUCAAAUGGAAAGAAUCCCUCAAACAUACACAGUAAAAUGAAACUGGUAAUAAAGUAAUGGAAAGAAGUCUAUAAAGUGAUACUGCGAGCACAGCACAUUAUUUUUAACCUCACCACCUUAAUGUUCCAUUGCUCAGCUUAGUUCCAUUCCAGUGUCUUUCAUAAAAUCUCUUAACAUAGAAAGUAAUUUCAUAUUUCAUAUGGAACUCCUCACAAUCAAGUUACAGUAAAUCACGUGUGUGACGCAUUUUUUCAAGUUCAUGCUGUUUAUGAUUCAGAGAGGAUUAAAGGAUUAAUUUUAAGUGAAGGCUGGCAGAGAGCUAAUUCCUGAAACGAGUGACGAGAUGGAAGGUGUAAUGACAUGUCUGCUUAUUUUUCUGAAGCCUUUAUACUGUUGUUUAAAUUCAAGAAAUUACUACAGCCUCUCUAAAUGCUGCUGGUUUCGUUUCAUAUUACAGCAUUAGAUUUCACAUGCCGAUAGCAGUCAACGCAUGUAUUGUGAAUGAUCAGGCAUUUGUGUGCAUCAACUACAUUCCCUGUUAUCACAGUUCCACUUCAGUCUCUUAUACUAAGUGACCGUGAGCUACAUAAAUACAACGGGAGUGAUGUUCACCUGUCUUGUAAAUCACCUACAUUUUAUUAAAUAGGAUACUGUUCCUUGUAAUUGCCAUGUUUUUGUGAUUCAUUUCACUGAUGAAAUGCCACGAUGAGCAGCAGGUUUGCUUUUGAGUUUUAUGGGGAUCAGUAUAUCCACAUGGACUAUGUGGCCUGAGGAAACACAGUCACUCAAACAGCUGCUUUUUUCCUUCAACAGUCCUGAAAAAAAAAUUACAAAAGUGUUGAAAGGUGGGAGCCUGGUCCCAGAUGACUUUUCCUCACUGUAAAUGUUCACCUCAAAGCUUUUCUUAGGUGAUGCCCCUUAGGAUCUUUCAUGCAGAAACACUGUGAAAACUCCUGGACUAUUGUAUUCUAUGUUUAUCCUUCAACCUGUAUGUAUGCAAAAACAGCCUUGACAGAGAAUAAAAGAAAGCUUUUGCACCUUG